CCAACAUCGAGUGCAGCACCUCCCGCAAUUACGGUAGAGGCUGUGCUGUCGAAGAGGAGUGGACUAGAAAAUCCAUCUUCAUGGAAGAUAUACAAAUCCUUUGGAGCCUGAUCAUCCAUGACGAUGACUGGGGAGCGACGGAAUGGAAAGACGACUAUAGAUGGGGAGCCCGCAUCCAAGCAUCCAUGUAAUGCAACCGCUUUACGCAGC